CAGCCUGGACUGGACAGCAAGACCCUGUCUAAACAGAGAAAAACAACAACAACCAAGUCAGGCUCCCCUGGAAGACGGGGGUCCUGUCCCGGGCAGCCAGGGAAGGAACACAGGCCGCAGGAUGUGAGGUGCCCGUAAGGAUGCUGGUGCGGCCCUAGGCCACGCUCCGCACGAUGACCUGCUGGCUGCGCAUGCUCAGUCUGCAACUCCUGCUGCUGCCGGCAGCGCCGCCCCCGGCGCGGGGCUGCCCGGCCCGCUGCGAGUGCGCAGUUCCCACGCGCGCGGUGGCCUGCGCGCGCCGCCGCCUGACCGCAGUGCCCGACGGCAUCCCCGCUGAGACGCGCGUGCUGGAGCUGAGCCGCAACCGCAUCCGCUGCCUGAACCCGGGCGACCUGGCCUCGCUGCCGGCGCUGGAGGAGCUGGACCUCAGCCUCAACGUCAUUGCGCACGUGGAGCCGGGCGCCUUCGCCAACCUGCCUCGCCUGCGCGUCCUGCGUCUCCGCGGCAACCAGCUCAAGCUCAUCCCGCCCGGGGUCUUCACGCGCCUGGACAACCUGACCCUGCUGGACCUGAGCGAGAACAAGCUGGUCAUCCUGUUGGACUACACGUUCCAGGACCUGCACAGCCUGCGCACGCUCGAGGUGGGCGACAACGACCUGGUGUUCAUCUCGCGCAGGGCCUUCGCGGGGCUGCUGGCGCUGGAGGAGCUGACCCUGGAGCGCUGCAACCUCACGGCGCUGUCCGGGGAGUCCCUGGGCCCCCUGCGCGGCCUAGGGGCCCUGCGGCUGCGACACCUGGCCAUCGCCACCCUGGAAGACCAGAACUUCUGCAGGCUGCCGGGGCUGCUGCACCUGGAGAUCGACCACUGGCCGCUGCUGGAGGAGGUGGCUGCGGGCAGCCUGCAGGGCCUCAACCUGACCUCGCUCUCCGUGACCCACACCAACAUCACCGCCGUCCCCGCCGCCGCGCUCCGCCACCAGGCGCACCUGACCUGCCUCAACCUGUCUCACAAUCCCAUCAGCACGGUGCCCCGGGGGUCCUUCAGGGACCUGGUCCGCCUUCGCGAGCUCCACCUCGCGGGCGCUCUGCUGGCCGUGGUAGAGCCCCAGGCCUUCCUGGGCCUGCGACAGAUCCGCCUCCUCAACCUCUCCAACAACCUGCUCUCCACCCUGGAGGAGAGCACGUUCCACUCGGUGAACACGCUCGAAACGCUGCGCGUGGACGGGAACCCGCUGGCCUGCGACUGCCGCCUGCUGUGGAUCGUCCAGCGUCGAAAGACCCUCAACUUCGACGGGCGGCUGCCGGCCUGCGCCACCCCGGCCGAGGUGCGCGGCGACGCCCUGCGCAACCUGCCCGACUCGGCGCUGUUCGAGUACUUCGUGUGCCACAAGCCCAAGAUCCGCGAGCGCCGGCUGCAGCACGUCACGGCCGCCGCGGGCGACGACGUGCGCGCCAGCGCGGGCCGCGCGCGCGUGCUGCCGGGGGGCACGCUGGAGAUCCUGGACGCGCGGCCGCAGGACAGUGGCACCUACACGUGCGUGGCCAGCAACGCCGGCGGCAACGACACCUACUUCGCCACGCUGACUGUGCGUCCGGAGCCCGCCGCCAACCGGACCCUGGGGGACGCGCGCAACGAGACGCAGGCGGCCGUGCGCUUCCCGCUGGACCUCACCACGGUCCUGGUGUCCACGGCCAUGGGCUGCAUCACCUUCCUGGGGGUCGUGCUCUUCUGCUUCCUGCUGCUCUUCGUGUGGAGCCGCGGCCGCGGGCAGCACAAGAACCACUUCUCCGUGGAGUACUCGUUCCGCAAGGUGGACGGGCCCGCCGCCGCCGCGGGCCAGGGGGGCGCGCGCAAGUUCAACAUGAAGAUGAUCUGAGCGGGGCGGGUCUCCGCGUCCGCGCCCCGCCGCCUUCCACCUAUGCAUCCUCCGCACGGGGGCGGCCACGAGCCAGCUGCCCGCGGGAGUCCCCCUUUUUGUAGGCGCCCCGCUGCAGCCUGUUUUUCUGCCGAGCGCAUCUUUUGCAGUUUCUCAAGACUUUUCUAAAGGUUCCACCUGUCUUCCGCCCCCGCCCCGCUGCGGGCCGGGGCCGGGCUGGGGAUGGAGGGGUGGGAGGGGCCGGGCUCCUUUCUACCAGCUCUGCAGGGCUGCGGGGCUCAGAGUUCACUCCAGGGGGUGACAGUGCCCC